AAAAAAAUCGGCCAGCACAGACCACGGAGUCGGAAUAUAGUGGCUCUAUAUUUUCGAUUUUUCACCGUUCACACUUGUUUACGUUUGCCAUUAAAAAUAUUAAAAUAAAAAUUAGAAGUUAAAAUCGCGCCGGGUGGAAAUUGGAUACGUGUGCCGUUGUGCGUCGGAUCGGCGGAUUAUGUGCGUUCUCUGAGCGAUUCUACACCAAAAAUCCAUAAAAAAAGCAAGCAAGGAGUGGAAACAGGAACCAAGAGCCAAGAGCAGCGGAGAGACGAAGGAGGCCAAAGAGGAGCAGCAGGUGGACGCAGGAGAUUCACCCGCCUAGAAAGCAUCAUCAUCAUCAUUAUCAUCAUCAACCUCGUCAGCAGGUGACAGCGAUAAACAUAAAAAAGUCAGCACAAAUAUGUCGAGCGAUUCGAGUCGAAGGAUCCAGGUCCCUGAGAAGCUAAAGGAGGUCCUGCUGCAAUUCUCGAUUGCCUUUCUGGUGGAACAGCCGCCGGAUGUGAUCGACUAUGCCGUGGAGUACUUUAGCAAGCUGCAGGCCGAGCGUCCCAGUGUGACCACCACGGAUCAGAGUACCGAUGACCAGCAGAGCAUCAACUCACAAGAAGCCGAUGCCGAACCGCCCGUGAUCCAGGGCACGCGCCGCAAAUCAGUUUUCGCCGAAGCCUACGAUCCGGAGGCGGAUGACGAUGAUGAUGGUGCCACUGCCGUGUUCCCCAAGACAGAUGAGCAGCGUGCCCGACUGGUGGAGUCGGUGAAGAAUGUUCUACUCUUCCGAUCCCUCGACAAGGAGCAGAUGAACCAGGUCCUGGAUGCCAUGUUCGAGCGAAAGGUUCAGCCUUUGGACUACAUCAUCCGCCAGGGCGACGAUGGCGAUAACUUUUACGUUAUUGAAUCAGGUGUCUACAAAGUCUAUAUCGAUGACAACCACAUCAACACCUACACUCACACCGGACUCUUUGGCGAAUUAGCGCUGCUGUACAACAUGCCCAGAGCGGCCACCGUGCAGGCGGAAACGACUGGUCUACUUUGGGCCAUGGAUCGCCAGACCUUCCGCCGCAUCCUGUUGAAGUCGGCCUUCAGGAAGCGGAAAAUGUACGAGGAGCUGUUGAACAGCGUGCCCAUGCUGAAGGCCUUGCAGAACUACGAACGCAUGAAUCUGGCGGAUGCUUUGGUUUCAAAGAGCUACGAAAAUGGCGAACGCAUCAUCAAGCAGGGUGAUGCCGCCGAUGGCAUGUACUUUAUCGAGGAGGGCACGGUCUCCGUGCGCAUGGACCAGGACGAUGCCGAGGUGGAGAUCUCCCAGCUGGGCAAGGGCCAGUACUUUGGCGAACUGGCGCUGGUCACACAUCGGCCAAGGGCCGCCUCCGUCUACGCCACGGGCGGCAUUGUGAAGCUAGCAUUCCUGGAUGUGAAGGCGUUUGAGCGUUUGCUGGGUCCCUGCAUGGAUAUUAUGAAGCGCAACAUUGAUGACUACGAGUCACAGUUGGUAAAGAUAUUCGGCAGCAAAAACAAUAUCACCGAUACACGAUAAAAAGUCUGAACAACCAACAACAAGAACCACCAUCAACAACAGCUACAACAACAGCUACAACAACAGCUACAACAACAACAACAACAAACAGCAACUGAAACCUGAAGAGAAUCGGUCACUUGCAGGCUUCUUAGGAUCUUAUUUUUUUCGUAACCAUGUUUCUUUCAAAUUGAGCAAUACAACAACAGACACAGGCACAGGAUAACAGACAGAAACAGAAACAGAAACAUCCUUUAACAUGGCACAAAUACCAAACAAACAUGUACACAAUGGACACAAGAAUCAUUUAAACCUAAUCAUGAAUAUUUGAUAAUUGAAAUUAAUCCAUAAUACUACCAUGAUAACGAUAAUAACGAUGAUAGCGAUGAUAAUGAUAAUGAUAAUGAUAACGAUGAUGAUUAUGAUUAUGAUAACUGUUGAUCAUGUUGAUGAGAAGUAGCUAUAGCUUUGCCAUAUUUCCAUAGCAAAGCGAGGCGACGAGUUAAGAAUUGUAUUGUAUGUAUUUAGCAAUUGUAAUUUGUAAUGUAUUUAAUUGGGCAAAAAUGAAUUCAACUGCGGCAAUCAGCGGCAUGAAACAAACAAGAAAAACAAAAACAAAUAACGAUUGGCUCAACCGGAAUGUUAAAAAUACUAAUUUAAGCUUUGUUUAUUCAUAUACAACCUUUUUUUGUUAUCCAUUGAUUUAUUCAUAAUUUAGAAAAUAACGCAAACACUUGUUUCAUUGGCUGCUAAUUAAAUGAUAAGCAAACGAGUUAAGCAAAUUAUAUCAACUAAGAGCAAAUUGAACACACACCACAAACACACACACACACCCUCUCUCUAAACACACCACUCGCACACACAUCAGCAAGAAUGAAAUUUACUUAUCUGUACAGCCCAAAGUCCCUGAAAUUUAAUUCAAAUUCAAGUGUAAUAUGUAUGUACUAGUCUAGGAACAGGUGCGUGCUCCAGCCAUUUAGCCAUCGGAGAGGAGAGGAGUGGAGUGAAUGAUAUCAGAUUUGGCCCAAGCCCGACUCGAAAGCGAUCUCAAAAGCGAGUAUUUGUUAUAUUUGUUAUUCGGUUCUUCUCGGUGUUAGGAAGCAUAGGAGAAAUUAAAAGUACCAGGAAGUGAAUGCUAAAGGCACAAUCAAUAUGUUGCAUGGGAUCAACUUAGAAAACUUUGAGAAAAACUAGCGAAAAAUACGAAAUUUAGCAGUGGAGAGGUAGAAGCGAAUAGCGAGUAGCGAGCUUGAGAUUCGAAUUGAGAGUGAAAGUUGUAUGCACCCGGGUGACAUUUGCUGGGAUCUUGUAUCUUGAUCGCUUUUAGCAUUACGAAUGUAUCUUUUAUUUUCGGGCCAUAGCGAAUCUUGUUAGGUGAACGAAUCAAAGCAAUAUCGACGGCCUAGUAAAUGUGUACUUAGUAUAUUCCCGUUUUCGUUGCUGUUCAAUAUACCUACCUGUGUGUACUACCCUAUAUACCAAUAUCUCUAUUUAUAUAACUGAAUGAGCUUAAACUAUAAACCUAAACCUAUACCUAAACGACUCCAAAUACUUUACUACCCAAUGUUUUGAACAGAAAACACACAAGAAAAAAGAAACAAAAACAAAGCGUAACUAAACAAAUCUUAGAAGGAUAAUCAAUCAACGUGCAUGUUUAGGGUAUAUAUAAUAUUAUAAAAUUAAAACAAUUCAACUGGCAUACCAACAGUCGACAGGUGUUCAAAGCUAAAAGAAACUACAUAUAAUAUAGAAACCGAAAAAUAUCAUAUGUGUAAUUGCUACAAGUCGUUCUAAUUGUCAGCAAGGCAAGGAGGAAUAAUAAAUCUAAAGUAUAUGAAAGUAUGUUUUUAAUCUUAAUUGGUGUCUAGUCUAUGUUCAAGACUUUAAAGCAAACAAAUUCUUGAAAAUUUUCGAAAAGGAAAACAAAACAAAUCAUGAGGAAGGUGGAUUCAAGAGCAUAAAUAAUAAUAACUAACAUAUAUAUCAAAACGAGUAAAGUUCUAGCAAUUAAUUAAGGUGCAGAAAGUGCUGGCCAUUUUCUUCCCCAUACCAACUACAACAAUACGCACACACAUGAGCCAAUACACACACAACCACAACAAAGGACACUUACACACAAACACACGCCAUACCGAAUAUUUUCAUCAAGCAAA